AUGCCUUGCCCAGUCAUUCAUACCCGUGCCUCUGGCGAGAAGGAGAAGUCGACGUUCAAGACUGCCGGCGAUGACAAGCCGGCGGAUGGCAACUACAUCAAAUGGGACGCCGAGGGCGUCGAGAAGGAGCAGCCAAACGAAGAGGCGGACAUCAAGGCCGUCUCCGAACAGUUCUGCCGCUUCCAGAUGUACAACUUCAAUGAGCACUCGCAUGCCCUACGUGGCACCCACUUGAAGACCCAGGGCUGCGUAGUCGGCAAGUUUACUGUCCACGAUAACCUCCCUCCACACCUCGCCCAAGGCAUGUUCAAGAAGCCCGGCACUUACGACUGCAUCAUGCGCUACUCUUCCCUCCUGCCCAAACUCGUCAACGACGGCACAGCGCUCCCGCGCGGGAUCGGACUCAAGAUCUUCGGCGUCAAAGGCGAGAAGAUCUGGGGCGAGGACAAAGAGACGCAGGACUGGACGUUCAACAACUAUCCCGUGCUGGAGCUGAGGACGCCGAAGGAUACAUGGGAGAUCGCGGAUGCGUUGGAGCGGAACUGGGAUGAUCUGGGGAAGUUCGUCGAGGAGGGAAGUAAGAGGGCGGAUGCGGAUGUCGCGACUUUGCCUGGGAGGUUGCCGAAUCAGCACAUGUACGCCAUGCCGGAAUACUCUCAAUCCGCCUACCGCCACGGCGAGUACGUAGCCAAGUACGGCAUGUUCCCACAAGGCGAGAAGCAGAUUGCUGCCGAAUCCGAAGCGAUCAAGGAGUCUGAUCCGAUCAACAUCAUCUCCAAGCAGCUCCAGGAAUUCCACCGCGACAACACCGUCUCCUACUCCUUCUGCGCGCAGAUGCUGCAGAACCUCGACGAGCAGCCCGUAGACGACAUCGGCGUGGAGUGGGACCCGAAGAAGUACCCCUUCGAGCAGAUCGCGACGCUCGAAUUCGAGCCGCAGGACAGCUGGAUCCCGGAGUUCAGAGUAUGGUGGGACGACAGGAUUACAGUGAACAGCUGGCACGGGCUGAAGGAGCACCAGCCGCUGGGCAGCACCAACAGGAUGAGGCGGGUCGUGUAUGCGGAGUCGAGGAAGCUGCGGCUGAGGGUGAACGGGCAUCAGGAUUACAUCGAGCCCGGGAGUGUCAAGGAGGUGCCGAAGGCUGUGAGGGAGGAGAUGAAGAUUCAAGGUCAGCCUAUUCGAGCUGGGGCUUGA